AUGGAGUUUCUCUUGUCGACCUUCAGGGUCCUGAGUGACAGCCACAAUGCCGGUAGCGAGCCGCGCCAGCCGGACGAGUCGCCGCCCAAAACCGAGAUCUUCCUGCGGAUCCGACCCAACGAUGACGACGAGGAUGUCUACUCGGUGGAAGAGGAGCCCCCUGCCCUGCUGGUCAAGAGCAAGAGCCCCGGUGACUCGGCGAGACGCUGCUCGAAGCCAGGCACCUUCCCCAGAAAGAGGUUCGCCUUCUCGCGGAUCUUCAACGCGGGCACCGACCAGAGGGGGUUCUUCGAGGGCUCGGUCGAGCCGAGCGUCCUGGACCUUCUGAACGGUGGGCGGAGCUCGACGGUUAUCGGCUACGGGACGGCUGACUCCGGGAAGACGUACGGGUUGUUCGGCACGGCCGCGGAGCCGGGCGUCGUGCCCCGUGCCAUCGAGCUCGUCUACUCGUCCCUCACUUGUACCCUGGUGCCCUGGUACAAGCCGCAACAGUUUGGCGGGGCGAUACUCCACUUGAGCGAAGCCGAGCGGGUCGAAGAGGUGGAGGCCAAGGAGCAACUGUUGGCGUCUAGGUUGGCGCACGAGAGGUUGGCCAGCGAGGUUGCUUACCGGGAGCUCGAAGCCUCGGGGGUGGCCGAGAGGUCCCGGGACAGCUUGUGCAAGGACGCCCUGUACUCGGUGUGGGUAUCCUUCAUCGAGAUCUACAACGACACGAUCUACGACCUGUUGAGCGUUGACGAGGGUGGGAGGAAGGCCCAGCUGAAGCUGGCGGCUGAUAAGCAUGGCUCCACCUACGUCCAGGGUAUGCGGAGCGUGUGCGCGUCGACGGGAGUGGAGGCCAACGAGAUCUUGUGCGUUGGCCAGGGCAGGCUGAGUACCGUUGCCACCACCGUCUCGGGGUACAAAAGCUCGAGGUCGCACUCGGUGUUUAUCGUCAAGCUUCUGGAGUACGGCAAGGACGCGGCGCCAGCCGAAGUCAAGAUGGCGUCCCUCGUGUUUUACGACCUGGCCGGGCCCGGGAGGAUACAGAAAUCGGCGGAGAGCGGGGUGCAGCAGCGCGAGUCGCGGAGCAUCAACACGAGCCUGCUUGCCUUGGGGAGAUGUUUCAAGAUCGCGUCGGAGGACCAGUCGAGGCAGAGCGUCGGCUCGUUCAGGGAGUCCAAACUCACGAGGAUACUGCAGCGGUCCUUUCGGGACAGGGAGAACAUACUGCUCCUGGUCAACUUGAAUCCGAAGGCUUGUCUGCUGGCGGAGACCCAAAACAUACUGAACUUCGCGUCGACGGCGAUGAAGAUGGCCGCAAAGGAGGACAGGGGAGGAGUCAGCUCCCAGGGACCGUCCAGCGCCAAGGGUCAGGAGGCGAAUACUUUGGCGAGCGCCAAAGUGGUGCAGGAACGGGAGAUUAACGACCUGGUCUGGAAGAACCAACAGCUCCUGGCCGAAGUCACGGAGCUCAGGGCGAGUAAGAUCAAGAGGGAGUUUGAGAUACGCCAGGAGCUGACGGGGUUCUACUCAAAGCAGAUACACAAGCUGGAGGAGAACUGGAAUAACCGCAUGCGGGCUCUGGUCGAGGAAAAGGACGCCAUGCUCAAGUUUUCGGUGGGCCAAGUCGAGAAUUACUACCGGGGCAAACUUGAGGAAGAGAACGGCAGUAGGAGGCGCGCUAACGUCGAUAGAGGGGAUUGCGAAGAGUCAUUUGACACGUCGAAGGAGUCGUUGAGGAAUAGUAGUUGUACCGUUGAUCUGCCAGUGCUAAAGAGGUGUUUUAGAGACAUCAAUCAACUCGUAGACGAAAAAAACCACGCGGAGAGUGAAAAUUUCAAACUGGACGACGAAGUGUUGGAGUACAUGUCGAAUAUUCGAGGAUUCAUCGAGGAAUCGUUGGGCUUGAAAAAGUCGUCCGAGUCGACUUCAAAGGGGACCCAGUGUAGCUUGAGCAGUUGCAUGGUUAAGGACUUUUUGUUGGAAAUUCAGCAGUUACUGGACCCCUGUGUCGUGAGGCUUCCCGAAAUCGAUGAUUCGCAAGACGAUGUCACGAGUGACAACUUGAUGGCGUCCUUUAGUAGAACCAAGGGUCUUCUUUUGGACAACGUUGUGAAAACAAGAGAGUUUGAAAGAGAAAACGCUGACUUGGCUAAUGAAAUCAACGAUAUGAACGAGAGAAUGAAGUACCAGGAUGGAGAACUGUUGCAGUUAAGGUUGCAGUACCAGGAGUCGGAAGCCGCCCGAUUGCUGCUGUCGAACAAGCUCGAGGACGCGGAGGCAAGGUCCGAGUCCGAGAAAAUGUUCAAGAACCUCGACUUUGACAGCCUGUCCAUGUUUGGAAACGACCACGCCCACCCAGCAGGAUCUUCGAUCGACGAGAUGUCCCAAUUGGAGUUAAGUUUGGACAAGGUCGAAAGAUCCAGUUCCGAAACCAGCAAAAACGACUCUGGCGUGGCGUCCAGCAUCGAGAGCGCCUGCAAGUUGACGGACGAGAAAUCCUGCCAGACGGACAUUUCCUGCGAAACCAGGACGGAUUUUUCCAUCCAAGAGAGACUCGUCCAGCUGAAGCUCGACUACAAACACAUGAAGUCCCAGCACAUCCAGGAGACCCUAAAAGUUACGGAGCUGUCGCAAGAGUUGGACCACAUCAAGGAGGCAAUGGUCAGACUGAAGGAGAACGCCACGGCCAAGGAGCAAACCGUCAAGGAGUGCCAGGAUGAGCUGCGCGCCACCAAACUCGAGAUUGAACGACUGAACGAGGAAAAGCGAGAGCUGGAGAUGAAGUGCGAUGGAUUGACCAGGAAUCUAUUGGUCGUCAAGAGGGAACACGAGUCAAAACUGGUUGAAUCACAGGUGAAAUUGAAGGCACACGAGGAAAGCGAGAGCAUAGCGUCCAAGUGCCUGGAGAGCUACUGGGAGAAGUCGGUGAACCUCGGGAGCGAGCUGUCCAUCGCGUACUCGGAGUUGGAGAAAAACUCGAUCCGGUGCUACCGGGAGCACGUGCUCAGGAUAGGCAAACUCGAGCGGGAGCUUGGUGAGAAGAGAUCGAACGAGAGCAAGCUAAAGCUGAGACUGGCCGAGUACGAGAAAGACCUGGCUGGGAUAAACGAGCUGUCGAGGAGGGCCAACAGCCUGGAGCGCCUGUUCGAGAGGGCCAGGAGUGAAAAGGCAGCGCUGCAGCGGCUCCUUGACGAGAGCUCGAGCUUUCAAGUGGAGGUCCAGGAACAACUGGAUCGCCUGGUUGCCAGGGUGGCGGAGCGCGAUGGCGAGAUUUUGCUGCUGAAGGCCGACUUUGACGCCAUCGUCCAGACGAACCUGUCCAACAGCAAGAGGGCCAAGGAACUCGGCCAGGAGGUGGUGAAGCUCAUGGACAGGAUACGCGCCAUGAAGGUGGACAUCCUCGAGUCCGAGGAGUCGCGCAAGGCGCUCGAGAAGGACGCGAGCGCGGAGAUCGACACCCUCAGAGCCAGGCUGAAGAUCUUCAAGGAGAACGUCGAGUUGCUGAACAUCAUUUCGAGCAACAGCGAGUCGGACGAGCUGAGGUGCAAGUUGCUGAAGAAACAAGAGGAGCUGGACUUUUUCAAGAAAAACAGAAACGCGACCAUUCAGAGGUACGAGAACCUCGUCCGUCAGCUCCAGGACGCCCUCAAGAUGAACACGUCGAGUAGGGCGAAAAAAAAGUCUCCGUACUUGCGCAAGAGCUCGGGCUGUAGUAUUUACGGAUCGGAGCGGCAGAGCAGCCACGAGUGGAAAUUUUUGGCCGACGAGCACGCCUCGUCUUUGUUGGGCACCGACGCGCGGACAUCGUAUUUGUACACUGCCGACAAUUUCGGGACUGUCGUGAGCGGUGGGGAGGAGCCGACUCGUUUAAAGAACGAUUCUUUUGAUUGA